UUCAUUCAUUAAGAUUGUUCAGAAAGAUCAUCACCACAAAAGCUGUACAUUUUAUAUGGUUCGGAGAAACUAACCAUCACUGAAGCAUCACUACAAGACAACCAUCAAUAUAAGAGAAUAUCAAUAUGUUGGUGAGUGCCAUUCGUGACUACUGCUAAUAAGAGAAUCAUUCAGAUGUUGCUCAUUGAACUAAGAAUAGAUUGACUAUAAACAAAUCACAAAGCCGCAAUGUCUGGUGACCAAGCUUUUGAGCCGGAUGAAAUGUUUCCCGUUGUUUCUAACAUAGAUGAACUUGAAGAUCGAAUAGUCAUAGGAAAUAUCCCCCAGAGAGUCCCAGAAGCUUAUAACUUUGAACAAUUCAAAGGCAUUGACUGGUCAGAACAAUCAGCUACGUCUUCCGAUGAAUUGCGAAGGAUAGUAAGAGAUGACUCAGUAGAACUUCUUAAAGAAUACCUGGAAAAUAAGUCAGAUUCUCUGAAACAACGUGCCUUGCAAUAUGCUAUGGAAGAUAACCAAAUCGAAACAAUCAAGUGUCUAAUUGAAUAUUUAGAUGAAUAUAUCUUGCUUAAGAAAUAUGACCUAGUUAGAAAUGAAGGAAUUAUUGAGAAAAGUUUAUUACAAUAUAUAACUGAAUCAAACGAUAAAGAUAUGGCAAAAUGUUUCUUAGACAAAUUCCCAAAGGAAAAACGUCCGGAAAUCAUUCUACAAGAAAUUCUUAUGAAUAUUCCAGGGAAAUCAUUCCGAACAGCAACAUGUUACCAUUUAGCUGCUUAUUUAGGCUUUAGUGAAUUAACAAAUUUCUAUAAAUCGCAGGGAAUUACCGUGGAUAGUAAAACUUUGAUGGAAGAAACUGCGUUAAUGUGGGCGACACGGGGUGAUCAAAAGUUACUAAUUCAAGAGCUUAUAAGAAUGGGUGCUUGCCCAUUUUUAAAAAACGUUAAUGGGUGUACAGCACUUCGUUGGGCAGUACGUUAUGGAUACAUUGAAUGUGUCAACAUUCUUUUAGGACAUUUUACAAAUGAACAUAAAUCAGAUUUAAUAUCAUCUCUUAAUCUUGCAUCAGCUUUCGGCUACAGUCAAAUCGUUGAAUCGAUAAUUGCCUCAUCUCUGAUUGAUGUGAACACCCCUGACUGCUACCAGCAAUAUCCUAUUCAUUAUGCAGCGAAUAAAGGUAACGAAGAUGUCUUACAACUUUUAAUCCAGAAUAAGGCAGACCUUAAUGUAACAAAUGCAAAAGGCGAUACAGCUUUGUUUUUGGCAAUACAAAAUGAUCAGAUGCAUAUAGUUCGGAUGCUGAUAGAAUUUGGUUGUGAAGUCUAUCUCAAGAAUAUGGAAGGCAAGGAUAUUUGGUCCUUUGCACUACUUAAGAGAGAUAAAGCCUGUUUUCAAGGUCUCAUACAUAUUAUUACGGAAAAAAUUAUUAAUGGAAGCACCGAGUUGGAGAUGCUAUUUAACACUCGAUCACCUGUGUUUGAAAUUGCAAAAAAUGGAGAUUUAAGUGGACUAGAGAUUUUAGAAGAACGUAAAUUAGAUAUGAAAAUAAAAGAUGAGGAUGGUAAUACAAUACUGCAUAUUGCCGCUCAAGGAAAGCAUCAUGCAAUCGUGGACCGUUUUAAGGACCCAAAUUUCCUUAAUGAACAAAAUAAUAAUGAGGAAACCGCGCUUCAUUUAGCUGUUUCGACUGGAAGUUUUGAAACAAUAAAUGCGUUUCUUAAAUUAGGAGCAAAAGCUAAUAUUAAAAAUUGCAAUGGGGAAACAAUUUUGCAUAUUGCUGCAAAAUCUAAAAACACUUCUGCUGAAGUCAUGAGGCUUUUAGUUAAUUACGUGAUGAACAGACAUUCUUGGGAUAAUUUAAAUGAUACUGAUAAGGAAGGAAGAAAUGCCCUUCAUGUGGCUGCACUAUAUAGCUCACCAGGCGUUAUUUGGGAAUGCCGUAUUUUGAACUGUAAUACAUCUGAUAUAAAUGGUGAUACCCCAUAUCAUCUAGCUAUUCGUGCAAAGCAACCAGAAAUCUUUCAGAAGAUGCUUGAUAUUUAUGAGUUUAAAAUGAACAAAGCAGACCUCAACAAAAGGAAUAAUGAAGGAGAAACUGUAGUUUUUAAAGCCAUUGAAAAUAGUUUUUUAUGUUGCUUUGAAAGGUUACUUCAACACAAUAUUGAUUUAACAUUAAAGUACAAAGAGAAAGAAAAUACUGUCCUCCAUCAUUUAGUUAAAAUUUGCAUCAAAAACAGUGAAUGUCUCGAAUUUUUCGACGUACUUCAUGAUCAUUUUACUUCUAAAAAUAACUUGAAAUUUUCUUCCAAAGAUUUCAGAAAAUUAAUUUUUGAAGUGAAGAACAAAAAACAGUUAUGUGUGUUUAGUUUGGCUUUCAUAAAAUGUGCUAAAGACAUUAUAGAAAAACUGAUGACACUAAAAUAUGUAACGCAGUUUGAUAUAGGCGAACGUAAGUAUUUUGAUGUGACACAAAUCCUGUUAAACCAUGAUAUGUAUUUCAAAAGCAUUAAAAGAAACUCUGAUACAAGUAUGCCUUCUAAUAGCGCCUUUGAAAUAUUUCUUAAUAUGGAAACUAAGCCAGCGCUUGGGGAACUUUUCACUAUCUUACCAUUAAAACAUAUUGCAGAGGUAUACGAAAAAAUGAAUCAUGAUCUGUGUAUCGUGGCAAUGGCAGUGCAUUUUUCACAUAUGAUCUUAUUGACUUAUACUGCCAAUUGCCUGGUGAAAUAUAGAAUAGAUGAAGCAGAGAACAUUAACUUAAACCCUAUAAUUAUUUGUAGCUUAUGUGAACCAGUUGUAAUCCUAAUUUUCUGUCUGAUAUCUUCGUUCCGUUCUACCUGCAAUUAUUUAGGAUAUCAAGGACGUGAUGAGGAGCCUGAAGAAGAUGAUAAAAAUCAUCAUCAAAACAAUAUGAUAUGCUCAUCGGCAGACAAAAAUUCUUUUCGAUAUAAAUUAAAAAAAUUGAGAAAAUAUGUAAAAAAAAAAUUUGCAUUAACAACAAUAAUGUCCAUUUAUUCAGUACUUUCUAUCGCAUGGAUUAUUCAGCUAUGGACAAAUGAUCCAGACUACUACUUUUGUUUAGGUGUAGUUUUAUGCUAUGGUUGGCUUCUUGGCAUAACUUUUAUACGAGGUUUUAAACCAUUGCAUUACUUUUGGCGUGUGCUAUCAGAAAUGAUUGAAAGGGACAUUCUCAGGUUUUUUGGCAUGUACGCGUGCGUUUUAUUAGCUUUUUCGCUUUUAUUUCAUAUCUGGUUAAAUGGUUCCGGUAAAAUUAAGGACGACAGCCCUUGGUUAACAAUCUUUGCACUGUUUAAUCUAUUGUUAGGAAUGGAAGAAAUAUUUGAAUAUAAUUUGAAAGAUGCCCUGAAUGAAGUCAGUUUACUGACUGACCUUUACAAAGUAUUAUAUUGCUUAUAUUUUAUAACAGGCGUCAUUAUUUUUAUAAAUCUUCUGACGGCAAUGUUAAAUGAUACUUAUUCAGUUAUUAAAUCAAGAAACGAACUUAACUGGCAAAUAGAUUCAAUCAAACAAGCCAUUCGAGUUGAGAAGAUUCUUCCUUGCGUAAGAUCAUUCUUCUAUACUAGAAAGAUUAAAAGAAUGAAAUGUCUUGAUAAUGAGGACGAUUCGAUUAAAUAUUACGCUAUUUUAUCAUUUAACAAAAACAAAAACAAACAAUCAAAAAUGAAAUAAAUGGGAAGUUAGUCAUUCUUACAGAAUCCAUUAGUUUUAGUUUGGAUAUCAAAGAACCAAAGAAAGUGCAGAUAUCAAUGGAAAAUAUUCGAAAGAUAUUUCAUCAGAAUAAUAGAUGAAAUAAAUAUAUAAAUAUGUGUACAC